ACGAUAGAUUAAUUAGUACAAAUAGAGAUAAUUUAUAUGAAUACCGAAAUCAAAGCUCAGAACUCAAAAUUCUUAUCAUGAAUUUAUGUCGACGUUGACUUUGACUUGUGCAGACUUGUCUUCCUCUCUCUCUCGAAUCGAUCCCAGCUCAGUUUUAGAGUGAUGAGGGAAAUCGGCGAUUCAUCAUCGGCAGGCAGCACUCCUCCUCCUCCGGCGAGCUUCGAUCACUUCUCGCCGACUAACUUCUUCGCCGAUUAUCCAGUGACUGACGAUCCGAUUGAUCCGAAGCCAGGUUCUGAUCACCACGAUGACUUGUUGUGGAAACACCUUGCCGAUGACGGCUGGUGCUUCUUCUCCGACAAUAAUAAUACUAUGCACGACUCCCACCACCAGACAUUCACCAAUGGCCGCCCUACUGCCUCGGAGCCACUUUUUCACAACAACGCCGCCACUCGUCGGCCCCCUAUUCCGUCCUCCGACAGAGCCAAGCGCAAACAGAAUUUAAUUGGCAUGGACCGAAGGGACCACCUGGCCAUGGCAUAUACAUAUAGUAGUCCUAUUCCUGCUUCUCCACCUCGAUUACUGGGGUGGGAUAAUUCAAACGGAAACCCUUCACUGAUUCAGUCAUUGGCAUCAGAAAAUGACAGACACGAGAUCUCAUCAAACGAGAGUGGCAGUGAAGAUGAAAUACAGUCUGACCUGCCUGAAAAUGAGAAGAUGAAGCUCCCAGAAGUAGGAAUGGAGUUCUUUUCCGAGGAAGAGGCUUACAACUUCUACAAGAAGUAUGCUGGAGAGAUUGGUUUCGCUGUCAGGAAAGGAAAGGUGGUCAGACUCACUAAUCGAGCCAUUCGAAAACGAAAUUUUUUGUGUUCAAGAGAAGGUUUCAAGUCAAGGAAGAUGUCUUCUGAUAAGACAACUAAGUAUGAAAGAAAAGAAACAAGAACAGGCUGCGAAGCAAGCAUCCAACUGACUGUCCAAGAUGGCAAAUGGGUUAUCUCAAAUGUUGUUCUUGAGCACAAUCAUGAACUUGACAGGCCAAGGCCGAGCCAUGACACUGAGGCUCCAUCUUGGAGUGCGAAAACCGCUCUUGAUGAUGGUUAUGGCAGAGUGAGGCAAGAAGAUGGAACUGUCCAGUAUGUCAAGCUUGAUAGAACAUCCAAUGAUGUUCAAAAUUUGAUGAACUUGUUCUCAUACUUGCAGGCGAACGAUCCAUCGUUUUUCUACGCAAUAAAAGUUGACAGUCAGAUUCGCUCGAAGAAUUUCUUUUGGAGGGAUUGUAGGUCAAGGAUGGACUACAGUUAUUUUGGAGAUGUUCUUGUUUUGGACACCACAUGUAGAGUUGACAAUAUGGUUUAUGCUCUUUUCUGGGGACUUAAUCAUCAUCAACACUGUGUCUUAUUUGGCUGUGCACUCUUGCUCGAAGAGACUUUGGACUCGUUUGUUUGGUUGUUGGAGAGUUUCAUGGUGUCUAUGGAUAUGUGUCAACCAAGAACACUUUACAGCACUGAAGAGUCUGAAGAAAUAUCUGCUGCAAUAGACAAGGUGUUUACAAAAGCAGAACAUCGUAUGAGUGUGAACUCUAUCAGAAAAAAUGCUAAAAAGCAACUCCCAACAUACUUUGAACAACCUGGUUUUGAGGUACUUUUCAACAAAUGCAUUUCUGAUUGUCGAACAAGGAAAGAAUUCGAGAUGCAUUGGAACUCCUUGCUUGAACAAUACAAUCUUCGCGAAAAUCCAUGGCUUGCUGGUUUGGACAAACUGUGGAAAAGAUGGUCUCACUUGUUCUGUAAAAAGACCUUUUCAGCUGGGAUUGAAUUGAUGCUCGAUAGCAGUGUUAGUAACAUGGAUUUCAUCCUCUUGAACUCUUCAAGUGAGAUCCUUACACUGCCUGAUUUUGUUCUGCAGUAUGUUAACGAGUCAAAGCGAAGGCGUUCAGAAGAACAGCACGAAGAUCUGCGCUGCAAGAAAACAGUCAAUCUCAGAUCAAGAAAAGGGAUGGAGAAACAUGCAGAGGACUUGUACACUUGCACAAUGUUUGGAAAAUUUCAAGAGGAACUGCUUGAUAGCUUGUCACUGGCGAUCGAAGAAGUUACGAGUUCUGCAAACAUUUCGACCUUCAAAUUGACAGAAGAAGGCCACAAGAAAGAAGACAUUGUCACAUUUGAUUGCUCAAGCUCCUCAGUCACAUGUAGCUGUGGAAAAUUCGAGUCUGCUGGAAUUUUAUGCAGUCAUUCUAUAAAAGUUCUCAAUGCAAAAAACAUCUUCCAAAUACCAUCUCAGUACAUAAUGAAGAGGUGGACAAAAUCUGCAAAGGAAGGAGAUGAUUCUGAAGAUCCUUUGACCGGGAACAGCCAAGGGAAACUGAGUAUAGUUUCAAGAAACCUAAUGCACAAAGCUUUAAAUGUCAUAUCAAAGAGUUUGGCAUCUGAAGAUAGUAGAAAAGUAGUUGAAACUCAUCUUGAUUUAGCUUCCAGAGAGGCUGACGAUAUUUUGAAAGAACAAGGUUCAAUAGAGCAGAUCAAUUCAAUGUCAAAUCUUGAUGAAGUUAACUAUGUAAGAAGCCAGAACAUUGCAUCUAAUUCCUCAUGCAUCAAUCAAGAUCGACAAGGAUCAAAGUAUAGACUGAAGAAAAGUAUGAAUAAGCAGAGGACUUGGAAGACUAAUGCAAGAGAGAAUGAGAGCCAGUCUCAUGGUAAUCACCCUUCCUAACAACCAGAUAUAUAUAUAUAUAUACUAGAUACAAGCAAAGCAACGUACACGUUUGCUUAGUUUUAUUUAUAGAAUUUAUUAAUUAUUUUUAUUAAAUUUAUAUGUGUUUAUACUUUUUUGGACUCUAUGUUUUGUCCCAUUACCUGUUUAGAUUCUGUGUUUUGACAAAUUAUUUUUUGGACCCUAUGCUUUGUAAAAUGAUUAAAACAGAACCCUAAAAAAUUGAAUAUAACACUACAGUUUUUAA